AUGGACUCAGACCUCGCUCAAGCCUUCCACAAAGAAGUCACCUGCCUCUUCUGUCUGCAUUACCUGACAGACCCUGUCACCUUAGACUGUGGGCACAGCUUCUGUAGACCCUGUGUCUGCCUGUUCUGGGAGGCAGCUGAAGUCCCUGCCACUUGCCCUCUGUGCGGGCAGCCAUCCCAGCUGACACACUACAACACCAACUUCCUUCUCAAGAAUCUGGUGUCCACCGCCAGAAAAGCCAGUGUCCGGCAGUUCCUGAGCUCUGAGGAUCAGAAGUGUGGGCCCCACAAGGAGGCCAAGCAGGUCUUCUGUGAGGAGGACAGGAGCCUGCUCUGUAGGCACUGCUCUCAGUCCCAGGAACACAAGGCCCACAGGCACUGCUCCACCGAGGGGGCGGCCGAGGAGUACCGGGAGAAGCUCUCCAAGCAGAUGAGAUCUGUGUGGCAAAAAAUUGAAGACAUUGAAAGAAACCUCGCUAAAGAUGGCAGGAUCUCCAUCUACUGGAUGAUGUAUGUGACUCAUCACAAAGACAUGACCAGGGCUGCUUACCGGCCACUGCACCCGAUUCUCCUGGAGGAAGAACACCAACACUUGGAGCUUCUGAAAGAGGAAGGCCAAAAGGGAUUUGCACAACUGGAGAAAAUUCGAUGCCAAAAUCUUGACAGGAAGAGGCACCUAAGGAUGGUGUACAGGGAGCUGAGAAAGAUGUGCCAGAAACCAGAUGUGGAGCUGCUCCUGGAACUGCGGGACAUGUUGAAAUGGAGUGAGCAAGCAAUACAGGGGCACAUACCUCGGCGUCUGAGACCAGAACUCAGAGCACGCCCCGUCACUGGACUGAUGGACAGGCUUAACCACUUCCGAGUGGAAAUUUCCUUUGAUAACGCAAUAACCAAUCACCACAUCAGGCUGUUGGAGGAAGUGAGAAGUGUGAAGUUUCUCCGGGACUCCGUCUCUGUGUGUCUGGCUCCUGCAACGUCUAACUACAUUGCCAGAUGGGGGACCCAGUGCUUGGCCUCUGGCAAACAUUACUGGGAGGUGGAGGUGGACGACUCUGGGGACUGGGCUGUGGGCGUGUGUGGGGAGACGCAGGCCAGAGCCGCAGGCCCGCUGACCGACGCCAAGGACACCUUUCUCCUGCUAUGUGUGAGGGAGGAGGACGGGCCCAGGCUCUGGACCACGGGCCCGAUGCGGCCUCAGUACACAGAGAGACCCCUGGGCAGCGUCGGCGUGUUCCUGGAUUUCGACAGCGGCUCUCUGAGUUUUGUGGACGUGGGCAAGCGCUCCUUCAUUUGGAAGUACCCCGGAGAUUUCUUCCACUUCCCGGUCAGGCCUUUCUUUUGCACUGGCCGCCCUCGGUGA